UAAACGCAGAAGCGGGUCCUUUCUGUUUGCGCAUGCGCGGCAAGUGUUGCUGCCGUAGCCAGACAGCAGCACGGAGAGCCGAGACACCGGGGAGGGUCUCUGCAUUUUAACAGCAAAAUCAACAUUAUAUCUCCACAAAAUGAAGUUACCUUACUCAUAGAUUCAUGAGGAUAUGGUGAGGAGAAGGUGUCCCAUGCUGCAUUAGUGGAAUAGUGACAUGCUGGCCUGUCUGCCAGCAUCAGGUGACCCUACCGUCAGACUUCUCUCCCGCACGCAGAUGAACACUGGACUUCAGAAAUGGGAAACUACACAGAAGAUGAGAUCUGCCAGCUACCCAACCCCAGCAGAGUUGGAUGCCUAUGCUAAGAAAGUUGCCAAUAACCCUCUGACCAUCCAGAUCUUCCCCAACAGUGUCAAAGUACCUCAAAGGAAGCACAUUCGACGCACAGUCAACGGGCUUGACACAUCCUCGUCCAGCCAGCGCCACAGUCCCUACCCCUCUCAGGUAAGCGCCAGUGGGGGCCUGCUGGCUGUCCUCCGAGCGCCUGCCAAAGGCGUCAUCAAAGAGUCAGACGGCUGCCGCGCCCGACACCUUCACAAGGCCAUCAUGAACCCUCACAGUGGGCCGUAUGCCACUCAAAGCACUUUAAAUCUUCCUCAGCCUGCACCUCACCUACAGGGCCCACCUCAGCCUGCAGUCCAGGCUGCCCAGAAGCAGGGCAUGGUUCACCCACAGGCGCUACAGCAGCAGCAAAGCAUGACUCAUCCAAUGACUUUACAGCAGCCUCAAACUAUGCCUCACCCACAGGCUUUACAACAAAGGAACAUGGCUCAUUCACAGGCUCUGCAGCGGCAGCAGAGCUUGUCCCAGGUUCAGACUUCACAGCAGCAAAGAUUGGCUCAUCCACAAGGCAUACAGAGGCAGCAGAGUCUGCCUCACCCCCAGGCUCUACAGCAGAGCCAGUCCUGUCCCUCAGUCGUACCACAGCAGCAUCUAUCUCAUCUGCAGACACUAAAGCAUCAGACAGCUCCUCCCCAAGCUUUACUUACACAACAAGGAGUGACUCAGGAUCUGCGCCACAUAUCUGAUGGAGCUCAGCUUCCGAGCCUGCAGCACACCCAGGGCCUCGUCGGCUCGCAGCCCCUCCCCCAGGCUGUGGGUGCAGGACCCCCUACCAUGCCUAAUAGCCUCCAGCAGCCCCCACCGGGGGCAUAUGGGCCCCGGAAGCUCCCUGAUGCAGAUGCCCCACCAAAUGUAACUGUAUCUACCUCCACCAUCCCACUGUCCAUGGCAGCCAGCCUGCAUCAGAACCGGCCUGGUGACCUGAGCAGCAUUGUGCACCAAAUCAACCAGUUGUGUCAGGCACGGGCCGGCAUGGGCACCACCUCAGUCUGUGAGGGCCAGAUCGCAAACCCCAGCCCCAUCAGCCGCAACCUGCUGAUCAACGCCAGCUCAAGGGUGUCCUCUCACCACCCGGCUCUGGGCUCUGUGCCCAGCUGCCUCAUGGUGGGACCCCCAGACAAAGCUACAGCUCAGCCCCCUGGGGCUGCUCUCCAUUCACAGCCCAAUAUAGCUGCCACUAAUAGUAUACCUGCCUUUCACACUGACCCAGAGAAGGUACAACUCCAGCAGCAGCAGCUUCAGCACCAUUUACAUCAGCAGAAACAACAGCAGCAGCAGCAACAUUUACAGCAGCAGCAACAUUUACAACAACUACAACAGCUGCAGCUGCAGCCACAGCAGCGCUCCUGGGCCCAGCAUCAGCUGGCCCACAUGCAGCAGCCCCCCGAGGGGGCCCAUCCCUGCAAGAACCCAAGGAUGGAAGCUCCAACUGAGUGUGCUUUCCCUUCUCAAAACCUGAACUAUUCCCAUAAGCUACCAAACACUGCACAGUCUUUUCCUCUAAAACACCCAGCAGAAAAACCACGACCUUCAUCCCCUGUUAACUGCCCAGUAGGUUCUAUGCCUUACAUUAAUAGCCACUACAUGCAGCCACCGUGGGGCAGCAUUCCAGCCACGGCAGGUAACAAUGGAUCUGGCCCUCAGGAUCUCCCAGUGGCUUUCCAGGGAGGGCAGGCUGCUGCCUCCGCUGACCGCAUCCCAGGGGCGAAGUACAGGCCAGGGAAGGAGGGUCCUAGCGGCCAGUCGAAGUUGAUGCAGAAUGUGGAUUUCUUAGGAGGGGACUUCCAGAUGCCCAGCUUUCAGGAGCAGAACUUGGAUGUGAUGGAGAAGAUGCACAGGUCAGCCAUGGGCCAAGUUCAGGAGCCCAGUAAUGGCAGAGCUGUCCACACUCAUCACCCAGGCUACCGUUAAAGCGUGUGCUUAUCCCCUCUUGGUGUCUUGAGUUUUGUCUCAACAGCUACUUUCAGCUUCUGUGGUUUAUUCUUUAAGAUCUUGCAAGUGAUCAAUUACAUUUUAUUGCUUCAGAGCUUGAUUUGUAGACCCACCAGGUUGUGAUGUUUCAAAGUAUUCCUCAGGUCUUAAGCCAUGUCGUACCUUUUUUUGCAGAUGAAGGGUUUUUGAGAUUGUUGUCCACAGUUGAGUAGAAUUCCUCUUUUCAUCACUGGCAUGGAUGUGCUGCUCUUUUUUUCAUGUAUAUAUGGUGUUCUAAAAUACUCAUUUGCAGCUGAGAAUAUGCUUGCCAUAUGAUUGUCACAGUGCUUCUCUUAGGUUGACAACAUGGAACAACUCAACUUUUUUCAGCAUUUGUGGCCUUACAACUGCCCAAAGGCAUGAUUUUGGAUGUCCUUGUGUAAUGUUUUUAUUUGCAGUUAUUUAUCCUCUAAAAAGGUUUGUGAUCCAUUUAAAUAAGAAGGUUACAUGUAUAUGCAAUUAAUAAGACUGUUGAUAAGGUUCUUGUCCCAGGAGCUCCCUCUCGUAGUUGAGGUGUACACUGUUAAAGGGCCUAAGUGAGAGCCACGACUCCUCUGUCAGGAAUACAACAUGGCUUUUGAACUGCGCAGUGAGUCGUUCAGGUAGUUUUUGCAUCGAUUUGUGUGUGAUCAAUGUGCAAAAACGACCAACCUCCACUGUUGAGCAGAAUUUUAGUUAUAAAUAAGACAAACCCAGCACUAGCAAAAACAGUAACAUUCUCCAUUCCUGAGAUUCAAGUUGCAACUAGGUUUCUCUCACGGUUUAAAGUGCCCUCUUGUGUGUAAUAGUUAUACUUUUAUUACUGUUUUUGUUGUAUUUCUGUAGAUGGUCCUACUUGAACUGUAGAAAUGACUUUUAAAUGUUAUGGUUAACAUUUGGCAAAAGGAGCAGAAACUCCAUUAGCCCCUGUUUGUCUAUAACUAAUGUGAAACAGAAUGGCAUCCCAUUAUUAUUAAAAUGGUUUAUGUAUGUGAAAAGCAAAUUGAUCACUUGCAAGCAUGCAAGUACUUCAAAUAAUGCAAGUUGGGAAAAUGCUUCAUUUCCCCUCCAACACAUUUCCUCACCACUUUACUACUGUAAUGCAAGUGAAUUGAUGUGGUGUGGACAUUAUCUGUGUGGCUUGUGGUGGGCUGUUCAUCUACUAAUCACUGGCCUUACCCUGUGUUGUAUUUCUGCUACCUAUAAAGAAACAAGAACAUUAACUGCAGGUUGUUUUGCUAGAUGUGUCUAGCACAAAGCUCUGGACCCAUUUCCUCCUCUUAAGUCCUUCUUUCGGGUUGAUGUUUGUCCGGGCAUAUGUUGCUCUGCUAUCCUCUAGCCUUCUGGAAAAAGCCUUAAAUGUCACAGUAGUUAUCCUCUACUUACCGUAACUGACUUUCUUUGCCAGGAUCCCAAAUUAAGUGUGGCUUCAUUGUGAGUAAGAGUUUCUUUUUCUUUUCCCUGAGCUUUGAUUGAUUUGAAAACUGUACUGUCAAAUCAUUGGGCAUUGUUAAUAUGUAUAGGCAGUGGGAAUGGGUGAUAUUGUCUUAAAUGGAAAUAUUAAGGCAAUAUUGCCACUCAUACCUGUUCAUAAAUCACCCAUCCUACUGUCUCAAAUGUUGCCUAUCUAUCGAGGAAUUAAGAUGAUUUUAAGAGUAAAAUAUGAAUAGUAUUUAGCAGAAUUACUAGGUAUAUAGAACAGGGCUGUAGCAGUUAUUUUAAAGUAUUUGGACUGUGUUUUAGUUAUACUUAAUAAAUAUCCUGAUAUAGUUUAAUUUAUUUUUUUGGACCACUGCAUCCUGAAGCCAUAGGUGAUUUCACAUUAGGUGCCAUAGUUGACACACAUUGACGCAGACAAACUGACAACUGUAAACUCAUUGUCUGCACUCAGAGGCAAAUAAGAGGUUUGCAUCUAUGCUUUUAUCUGAUGUCUUUCACAACGCCAAGCAUUUUUUCCCUCUCCGAGUUGUUCUCCGAACACAGUACAGGUCAAAAGAGAGAAAGAAUGGCGAGAUGAUGUGUCAUGUGUCAUGAGAAAGACAGCUGAGAUGCAAGCCGUACCUUUUCUGUAUUUUGGUUUUCAUACUUGAUGGCAGUUUAUUUUAUUUCCUGGCUCUCAUUUUUGAUGUGCCUGCCCCUUGAAGCUGCUAUUGAAUUUUAUCUUAACUCACACUAGUAUGAUUUGUGUGUGCGUGUGUAUGAAUAGUAAUGAUGUAUGGGCUGUAUCAGUGAAAAUAAGUUCCUAUUUAUGGGAUGGGUGAAGGAAGGGUGAAAAUUGCCACCACUCUAAUGCUGGUAAACAGGUUAAAGACUGUUUGUCUAUUUACCAAACAAUAUAUUUGGAGAUGAUUCUAAAUAUACAUUAACUGACGAGUGUUCAAAGUGGCAGAGUGAUUUUCUGGAGUCUGUCCCACUGUGGCUUAAAGACAGACACCUUCUAGGCCUGUUUGGUCUCUUAACUUCAAGUCAACAGCCACUGAGUGAUAACACUAAACAAUUAGACAGACCUGUCCUGUUCAUUUUGAACUGCCUCGUUACAGCCCAACAUAGUCAGGUUCUACAGUUUCAUAUGAAGUGCCUCCACUGGGCUUAGUAUGGAGAAACGUGUGAAUGGACGCUUGAGUGUGUGUGUAUGUUAAGCUUGGGUACUUGCACACAGGUGUGCACGAAGUUAAUCUCUGAUGGGGGACCAAGCCUCUUAGUGUAACUACUGAUACUGUGUCAUGGACUGAAGUCCUGAAGUGUGCCACGAUUCCUAGACACUGUCGGGAUGUGUGAACUGUUUGCUGCUGACUCACUGACCAAAGUGACCAAGCGUCCCUCUCUGUAACCACCCCCGGCCAAAAGCCUCGGCAAGCUUGUAGUGGGAACUGAUGUUCUAACAGUAAUAAGCAUCAAUCUGGUGACAAAGCAGAGCUGCUGCCCUCAUUUGAAUGGUUAGAGAAAAUCUUGUGAAGUGAAAGUUUAAAGAUGUGAACAGAGCAUAAAAAAAAAUCUAGAGUGAGUGGUUCCUGUCUGCACAGUACACCCCAACUUUUUUUUCCUCUAAGCAAGAUUCAGAUGUGGUUCCAACCAGAACUUACUGUAUGUUUUGUGGUUCCAUUUCACAAUAUUAUUAUUCCCAUGCAGAAAUCUUGUCACCCACAGUACACGUCAAUAUGCACUGUAAGAGUCUGGUCUACUUAAGCACAUUGCAGCUCAUGUUAGUUGACGCAGAUGGCAAUAUUUAUUGGGGCACAGCUAUGUAACAACUCUCUCUAGAUUUAUUUUUACUCCAGUUAAUGAUCGUCUUUGAUUAUCAAAGAUCAAGCAUGUGAAUGGUGGUGGAUGGGGGGGCUUACUUUCUCUACUUUGUGAAAAUGUGAUAUUCCAGUUUUGCCUAACCUUCAGGAAUAAAAUGUCUUGCACAAACAUUCCCCCUAACCAAAAUAAAGUUUGCAAACACAAA